AUGCAGAAUAAUUCACCGAUUCGACUUGAUGAAUUGAACCUCACCGAGGUCCCGUUGCCUACGGAGAAUGAACGCUGCGAACGGGUCCGUGUACCGGAGUAAGUGUUUUGAGUUUUUGUUUUUUGUGUUUUUAGGUAAUAACAGCGAGAGGAGUUGAUGAAUUUGAGAGAUUUCUUUGAAUUUUGAGUAAACUUUGAAAUUUUUGAAAAACAAGAUUUGAAUUUUGUUUUUUAGAGACGAUAACUGUACUUUUGCUUUCUAAUUGAGUUUGGUUUUAUGCAUAUUUCUUCUUGUGAAGUUCUGAUGACCUAAAACAAUAUAAUUUUAAAGAAGUCUAAAAUUUGAUAACUCAAAGCUGUAGUAGUGGACUAUGUUAUUUUUUGUUGGUUGACGACAGGAAAAGAUACAUAAUGGUUUAGUUUUGAUGUAUUUUAUGAUUUCACUUUUGUUGAUGUAAAGCUGGUCUAAAACAAUAUAAUUUUAUAAGUUGUUCAUCAAAUUAUGAUAUUUUAAUGUCAACAUUACUUCAAGAAGUGACUUUAACAUCUUUUAAGUCAUUUUGGACAGUCUAAUUGAGCUUUUCUUUACAGUUUAGGCUUUUUUAAUAUUCUAGAUACAAAGGUGAUCUAAAACAAUUUAAUUUUCAGAUUUCUCGUGAAAGCGUUCGCCUUCAUUAAGGAAAAUGGUGGCCGACGUACUGAAGGCAUUUUUCGCCGCAAUGGUAAUAACCAAAGAGUGGAGAACGCAACCGUAAGUUGUCUUUAAUUUUGUUUUGUUGCUUUAGGUGGAUAUGAUGAUGAAUAUCGAUAGAAAUCUAAUCAUACUUUGAUUAGUGCGGGGAAUUUUAACCUGGAGUUAGAAUAGGAUGUGUAAAAUGAUAUAGUGUUGAAAAUUAGUUUUUCUGUUGAAUUUUUAUAACAUAAACAUCGAAAUAUCAUUUUAGGUCGCAUUCUACGGCGGUGAUAUCCCGGAUGAUUGUACAGCGAUUGAUGUGGCGAUUCUGAUUAAACGUUUCAUAAAGCGGAUACAGCACGGUCUUCUUCAGGGCAAAGAGGCUCGUAUCUACGAGUUUUCUAUUGAUAACCAGGGACAAAUGUUUGAAAAGCCGGCCGCAAUCUUCACCUUCAUAAAAACCUUGCCAAGUCUUAAUCAAUGCACGUUGGCUUACUUGAUGUACAGCUUGAAGAGGGUAAGGUUGAUGUUGUUGGGCUGGGGAAAUGUUAUUCGACUGGGUGGGGUAAAAAAUAUUUUUUUGGGGUUUUAUGGGAGGGGUGAAUGGUAUUUUUAUAGGGGGUGGAAAAGGUUUAGAAAAGUGAAAAUUUACUUUGAAAAGCGGUUAGACGGUUAAAUUGUUUGUAAAAAAAGUUUAAUACUGCCAUUUUAGAUAUCAGACUACGAGUCGGAGAACAAGAUGUCGGUCGCUAACCUAGCCACUUGCAUCAGCCAGUCCUUGUUUGUUAACACUGAUUUUAGCAUGACUCCAGGGGAAAAUGUAAGGCUUUCAAUUGGAAAUUUUGUUUUUCAAUCUGAAUUUUUUAUUUUGAUUUUUGUUUUUAUAUUAGAUCGUUCACUUAAUUUUGUGCCCCAUAACAGCGAAAAUUUGCUUAGAAAGGGGGUGUAGAAUUAAGUGAACGGCCUAUAUGUAUAAUAUGGGGGUAUGGUAAAAUUCUUAUAGUGAAUUUGGGAUAAUAUGACAUUUUUUAGAAUGACUAUGUUAAGCAUGCCGUCGGAGUUGUGAAUCGUUUAGUAGCGUACAUGAUCAAUCACUACACCGAAAUUCGUAAGUUUUAAAAAUUUUGUUGUUUUUUAUAUCAUUUUGGCCAUUUUGUGUUAUUUUAAGUCUUUUUUUUUGUGUUUUUGGUCAUUUUGGAGUUGUUCUUGGCCUUUUUUUAUGUCUCUUUGGGUAUUUUUAUGCUGUUUUUGGUCUUGUCUAUCAUUUUUUGGCCAUUUGUUUGCUGCUUAUGGCUAUUUUUGUAUUGCUUAUAGGCCUUUUUUCAUAUCUUUUUGGCCUUUUUAUGUUUAUGAAGCUGUUUUUGUGCUAAUUUGACAGUUUUUGACCGAUGCACUGCUAGUUUAAAUAAAAUUUUUUGAAUUUUAGUUAAGCCCCCGAUGAAAUUGACAAAUGGCGAGACCAGGAAGAACACACUGCCCCGAGGAACGUCCGGAAAUAACAUUAAACGCUCAUGUAAUGCAAUGUAAGUAUUUAAAAGUAAAAGAUAAUGUUUUGAUGUAUAUUGCAAGUAAAAGAAUAUUGUUUUGGAUAUUUAAUUUUUAAUUUUUUUGGGUCGGAAUUGAAAAAAAUUUUUUUUGUCAACUUUUAAGCACUACUAGAUCGAUUAAGCACUAUCUAUAACUAAAAAGCUAAAUUUUUUUUUCAGAAAAUACGAAUAUCCAGCGGACCUAGAGCAAUAUCAACCGCCUACGACAACUCCGACCCCAUCAACAGCUUUCAAAAGUACAAUGUAGGUCUUAGCUUUUAAACUGGGAAAUGAUUAUUCUUGGCAGGAGUGUCGAAAAUAAAAAAAUGAUGAUUUUUGGCAGGGGUGUCUCCUCAGAUUUGUUUAUGAGGUGUGGGGGGGGGGGCAAAAAAUUUUUUUUUGGCUUAUUGUUUUUUGAUUUUUUUGUUCUAAGUUUAAGUACAGUAUGAUUUAAAAAACGAAUUUUUCAGAAAAUACGCAUAUCCAGGAGAACUACCGCCUAAGCCAACCUCCGCAUCAAUGCCCAACGUGGAUCGAAUUGGUGAACGAGACCCCAAGAAAACUGGUUCUAAUACAAUGUAAGUGCAGGGAAAGGGCUAUUUUUGGGAAUUGUUUUAAUUUUGAAUCAAAAAAUUUUUUACCCUCCCCUCCUAAAAUAAAAAAAAAAUCACCCUCCCCCUUACACAAAAAAAUUUUUUUACUUUGCCUAUCUUCUGCUCUUUUAAAGUAACUAAAGAAAUAAAAAAAUUUAAUUUUAGGAAGUACGAUUACUCAGCGGACCUACCACCAUGCCCACCAACCACCCGACCCCCAUCGAACCCUGAGCGAAUCGGCGAACGAGACCUGAAGAAAACCGCUUCUAAGGUAUUUUUGGCAUUUAGUACGUUUGCACUUUCCCAUCAGUGUUGUAUGGUGUUGGUGCAGACGGCUUUUUAAUGGCUUUAUUUGGGUGUAGAAAAGUUUUGUCGUCAAUUUCCGUGGGUUUGAAGAGUAAAAAACGACAAGACUUUAUCCUAGCUUUAUAUUGCCAUUUUUGCUGUGUUGUUGAUGCUAUUAGAAUGAAAAUGGUUUAAGGAUACCUAGAAAGUGUUUUUGAGCAAGUUUUUAAUAGGUUUGUCGAUGCAUUUUUGCUGUUUUUAUAUUGUAGUAGAUGUUUUUUGAAGGCUUGAUGAUUUUUGUCAUAACUCUUUUUAAAACAGAGCUAGACGCUUGAAUUUUUACGUAGUUGUAUAUCAUUCUUUUGUGUAUAAGAUGCUUUAUAGUAUUUUUGAAAUUUGCACUCACUGAAAAAGUUACAGUAGCUUUAAUGGAACUAUAAUUUUUUUGAAAUUUUGUAAUUUUUGUGAUUUUUUUCUAAACUUUUACUGCUUUUAAAUGUUUUUAUGUAAUUUACUAUCUAAAUCAACAUAUUACUGAACAAUUUUCUUUCAGAAAAGACGUAACUCGGUGACGAAGCGCCUGACCAACUUGACCAGGUUAUUUACGGGCAGCCGACGUCCCUCAGUCAACAACGACGAGCCUGCGGACAACACCUUGUCCAGGAACAACUCAUCGUGCAGUGAACUCAAAUUAAAGAAACUCGGAAUCCAACGAUCCGUCUCAGUUAAAGCACCAUACCUCAAGGUACCGUCCAUGGACAGACACCAAGACAUUCAACGUCAAAGCUCCAUGACCUACGUGAGCAACCAGAACGGCGUGGAUUCCGAGGCGGAAGAGGCGUGGAAGCCGGAUUCGGGACGAAAGAUUCGAACUCCACGCAAGGAUUCAGAAGGCGAUCGUCUGGAUUUGGCCACGAGAUCAGAUGAGAGAAGUUGUAGAUCAAAGGAAAGGAACGUUAGGUCGGAUGAGAGGAACGUCAGGUCGGAUGAGAGGAAUAUAAAGUCGGAUGAACGUACUACAAGAUCAGAUGAACGUACCGCAAGAUCGGACGAAAGAAGAAGCCGCCGAGACCACGAAUAUCAACGAAGCGAUGGACAAUAUAGCCCCAAAACCAGCGGGCGCCGACUAUUCGAAAGCCAAAGAAGCAUGGAGAAUCAGCUGGAUUCGCAUCAGAAUAUGCACGCCUCCAGAAGUCAACUCGAAUUUGACGCCGCAAACCAAACGGAAAUUGGCCAGAAGACGAGGGAAAACGAUCGAGCACGGUACGAUGAGCAAAGGCACGAUGAGCAGAGGCACGAUGGGAACAGAGGACAGAAUGAUGGUCACAGAGGACAACAAGAUGUUCACAGAGGACUGAACGAUGAACAGGCACAGUAUGGAGCGCAAACAGGGCAGUACGAUGACCAAAACCAACUUCAUGAAGCCUUAGGACAAAACAAUGAAAAUUACCUCCGAAACAACCAAAUAUCCGCCCAAAACCCACCCCCGCCUCAACUAAUCGAAGCCGCCAAAGCCGAGAACGACAAGGAGAACCUGCUCCACGAAUUCACCAACGCCGAGAUGAAGGAACGCAAGAAACCGCUGAUAAAGCCCCGCCGAAAAACCACCCAAUUGGAAAACCUGAAGCGAAACCAACCCAAUACCCUCAACUCCGGCCUAAAAGACGGCCGAAAAGCGAUUCAACGUCGCAACACCCUGAACAACAGGAACGAACUGAGUCUGGAGAGUGGCGCAUUGGUCCCAAAAAACACCCUUUCAAAGUUGUUAAAGAGAAAGAAGUCGCAGGUCGCUCCGCAUCAGGUGAACAGUUCAGUUGUUAGACAGUUGGGUAAGUCUUUUGGGAGGGUAUUCGAUGAUAAAUGGCUUUUGAGAUGACAUAGUAGAAGGUAUUAAGAUAUAAAGAAAAAUUGCCGAAGAUAUAUGGAAAACACCGAUAUUAUAGUAGGUGGUUGAGGUAAAAAAGAUGACGUUUGGGGAGAACAUGCUCGUUGUUGCAGGAUUUUAAAGUAGAACUAUAAGAAAGGGAUAAUAAUGCAUAUUAUAGUAGGCUUAGGGUAGAAAAUUAAAGUUGAGGCGGAAAAUGGAUAUGUAGUAGGUAAUGAUGGUCUUUAUAAAAACAGAACAGUAACUAUAAAAUUUCAGGCGCCGAUCCAGUCUUAGUCCCUUUAGGCCUCCACGAACGCACCUCCGCCUCGGUGAACCAGCAAGCCAAAGUCUCUGACCUAAUCAAGAAGUUUGACAACACGGUGCGCUGA